AUGCCGCCGCCCGCAGAGCCCCUUCUCCUGUUGGGUCCCGAGUUCUGCCGGGGUGGGGAGGGGGAGACCCUCGGAAUGCUGGGGCCAAAGAGAGCGCGCUAUAAAAGCUCUGCGCACCCCGACCCGUCUGUCGCAGGGUGGGGGUCCCCCGAGCCGCCAGCACGUGGAGGGGGCCGUGUGUGUGUCCGUGUGCCCAGCACUGCGUCUGCCGGGGCGGAACGCGGCUGUCCCGCUGCUGGGGCGCACGCUGGGGGUGAAUACAGGCAGCCCCUGGCCCCCCCACCUGCUGCACUCCUGUUCCUCCCGGGGAGGUUUGGCCCCGAGGAGCGGCACCGGCGCUGCCGAGGGUCCCCGAAGGAGCUCCCGGUGUCCGACGGAGACAGCGCGACCCCCGGGGGUCCUACAAGAGCACCCCUCUCCCCGGCCCCCCCCACCUCUGCAGGCAGCGCAGCCCGGUGCUCCUCCAAGAGCUUUUUCCUGAGCACGCGGCCUUGGACCGCCGAGAGCUUCAGGAAGGAACUGGGCCGGAGCCCGGCUGUCUGCAGGCACACGGACAGGAAUUCGGAGUGCCCUUGGCGGCCGGCAGGACGCACGGACACAUUCGCUGGGCCACAGCCUCGUCCCCGUCUGUGCCACACGCGGCUGCAGGGGGCAUCGCACACUUGUGCUCUUUGCCCCGCGUGGGUGAGGCUGCAGCAACGACCCGGAGCGCUGCGCAGAGCUCAGACCCGGAGCAAUGGGGGCACGCGGGGGCUCAGCCUUUUGCAUGGCCGGAGCCCCCCGCAGUGAUGCACGGACCCCACUGCGGGCACAAGGAGUGA